AUGAAACAGGAGAGGAACACGAGUGCUGGAAAUUCCUGUAGUUCCCCCAUGUCAUCUGCCACGGUGCUUGUGGGUGUAGCUGCUCGUAUGAUCACGAAGUUGAUUAGAUUAUAUUAUGAUUCAUCAGACAUUGGCUACGACGAAAUUCCCCAAGAUAGUUGCAAAUUUCUUCAUGACCGCACUGACUACAAGCUGGGGUGGCAGCUAGAAGCUGAGGGUAAUGCGAAGGCCGGAAAUGACUCCGACGAGAACUGGGAGAUUCCAAGUGAUGAUGAACACCUGCCAUUCAAGUGUUUCAUCUGCAGGGAGUCUUACACAGACCCCAUUGUCACCAAAUGUCAGCACUACUUUUGUGAGAAGUGUGCACUAGAGCAGUUCAAGAAGUCUAAGAGAUGUUAUGUGUGUGGUCAGAACACUGGUGGUAUCUUUAACCCAGCCACAAACAUCAUGGCAAGAUUAAACAAAGGAGAUGAUAGUGAUUGUGAUUAAUAAUGCAUUAUUUCUCAUGUUUUAUAUUGUAAAUGUUUUUUUUUUUUAUUAGUGUAUAUACUCUCUCCAGGAUAGUUGCAAAGAUCUUUGCUGUAGUUAUGUAAAUAUGAAGAAAGAAACCAGUACAAAGUAAGCUUAUUCUUGUUCUUCUGCAUUGAACUUUGGAACAUAAACCUGGAGUCAGUAUGUAGCUCCUACAUAUUUGCCCUCGGAAUGAAAGAUGUAGUGCAAUUCUUUUUUUCAUUUUAGCAGACUUACACUACCUGCAUCCAUAGUACUCAAAAAAAGGAUUACAUAUGUAUUCCCUAAAGUUUAUCAGUAUUAUGAAAGUGACCAUCUUUUAAAAUGUUUUUGUUCAUGAUGUGUUUUUGCUUUUUAACAAGGAAAGGUUAAUAUAAUUCAAAAUGAUAAUACAUAUUUUUGUAUGGUGGUCUUUAAUUUUAUUUAAUAAAAUUCAUAAUUUGUACUUAUAAUAAGGUAAAAGGUCAACAUGCUGUCAUUUUUAAGAUACCUUUUUUUGCAAGAGCAAAUGUAUUUUUAAUGCAACCUCAUCAUAUGUAUAUUUAGAAAGUUUCAGUCAACCAUUUUAGUAUUACUCUGAGUCAGUUUCAUAAAGUCUGCGGUAUAGUU